GUUUCGUCUAAAACAUUGCAUAAAACACUUUUGGUACUUUUAAAUAUUGGUGAAGAAAGCAAUGAUUUGUUAUCCAAUAAAACCGACGAUUCUGAUAGAACCGACGAUUUUAAUAAACCA